AUGAUUAGUGGUGAUGGUUGGAAACGUUUCUGUUCAGCGAAUGAAGUAGGCGCAGGUGAGUCUCUAACUUUGGAGUUGAUCCGAGGAGGGACAAGUCCUUUGCUUAAGUUCGUCUCCAAGAUGGAGCAAUCACCGUCUGAAGCAGAGGCUCGGCCACACAAGCGAGCUCGAGUCCAAAGAUGGAGUCAGGAGAGUAGAAGACUGAAGCAUGGCGUCAGGCAGAAGAUAGCUGAAGAGGGAGAACCUUCUCGUCGCACUCGGUCGUCUAACAAGUCUAUUGGUGAUCAAGGAAAGCUGCAGCACACGCAGUUUUGCUCUAUCUUAGAUCAUGUGCCUAAGGUGAGACAGAGCAUUGAAGAAACUUUAACUAGUAUCAGACGGUUUCGGGCUAAACUCGAGACAAAGGAACAGAAUCUGGAAGCUUUGUUACACGAAAUCGAAAACUACCAAGUUAUGAUGUGA